AUGUCGUACAGCUACCGAGAGCGUGAUCGCUACGAGGAAGACCGUCCAGUCACUGUUAAGCGUUACGUCAUCUCAGCUGACGAACGAGAAGAACGACGAGACUUCAUGAUGGGCCGCGACGAUGCCUUUGGAGACCGCGAGCUGGUCAUCCGUCGAAAGACUGAUCGAGAAGAGCCCCUAACCAUCUCACGGUACGAGCGCGAUGUGGAAUACGAUCCCCCCGCCCGCCGCUUCGAGCGUGAGUAUGAGCGUGAUUACUAUGAACGUGAGUGCCCAGAACCCCACGGCUCCCACCAUCAUCACCACCCGAGGAGGUCCCAGGAAAAGCCCCUUGCGCUGCCAGUGCCCCCACCAGGACCGCUCGUCGUUCGUGAACAGCAAGUAAUGAUCAUGAAUCCAGCCCGAAACUCCUACACCAGUCCCCGCGAGUCCGAGUAUGACGUCGUUCGUCGCUCGGAUGCCGAGGAGGACCCCUACUACUAUCACCACCACCGCCGUGUUCGCGAGUACGAUGACCGUCGCUCGCGCCGUGAAUUGAGUCCCGGCGACUCAAUCUCCCAGACUAGCCGUCGUCAUCAUCGCGAUCGCGACCGCGACGACUACAGCAGCGAUGAUAGCAUGGUCUAUAUCCGCAAAGAGACCCGCGACUACGACGGGGAGCACCACCACCACAAGCGCCACCUUGCCGAAGGUGCUCUAGUUGGUGUCGGUGCUGCCGAACUACUCCGCAGUCACAGCAAGCGCGAGGGUAAAGAGGUAAGCCACGGUAUGAGCCACGCUGUCAAGACGGCCGGUGCCGGUGCCCUCGGUGCCGUUGCGGUCAACGCAGCGGGCCAUGUUCGCGACUACUACCGCAGCAAGAGCCGCAGUCGCCAUCGCAGCCACUCUUUUGAUGAUCACCGUUCCCAUCGUAGCCGUCGCAGCCGCAGUCGUUCGCACUCCCACUCCCGUGGUAAGACCCUGCUGGAAAUUGGAAUCGGUGCCGCCGCUUUGGCUGCCGGUGCGGCUGCGCUACGAAGCAAGUCCAAGAAUGAGCGUCGCAGCCGAUCCCGGACUCGUUCCCGCUCCCGUGCUCGCGCAUUGAGCAGCACCCGCUCGGAGAAGGACAGUACCACCGAGGAGACUAAGCGUCGGCAGCACAUGGCUGGCGCAGGUCUGGCUGGUGCAGCCGUUGCAGGCCUCGUUGAACAUGCUCGCAGCCGUUCGCGCUCGCGCAAGGGAGAGCGCUCUCACAGUCGCUUGCGAAAGGCCCUCCCCAUCGUUGGUGCCGGCCUUGCUACCGCAGCUGCCACUGGUUUGUACGAGAAGAAAAAGGCCGAAAAGGAUCAAAAGGAGCUGGUGCCUCGCGAAGGACGCCGCUCACGAUCUCGCAGCCGCAGCCGUGCUCCAUCUGAAGCCUAUCCGGAUCCAACACGCGACUCUGCUGGCCUGAUCGAGUAUGGUGCAGACCCCGUUGCAGGAAGCAUCCCGGCUGAGCACUAUUACGGUCAACCAGCGGGCCAUGAUGCCUACUACUCCGACGGUGCUCGUCGUCACAGCCGAUCUCGAAGCCGUGGCGGCCGAUACAGUGGCAGCUCCGAUUCGGACCGCGAUGGCCGACGCAAGAGCAAGAAGCACCGUAGCCGCUCUCGUGAACUAGCCUCGGCAGCUCUGGGCGCCACUGGUCUAGGCUACGCAGCACACAAGUACUCCCAGCACCGAGAUCGCAAGAAGGCAGAGCGGUCGCGCUCGCGCUCGAGGACUAGAUAUGAGGACGACGCACACCGUGAUCCCUACGAGGAGUCCUACGAUCCAGAGCCCUACCCAAUCUCCCCGCAGGCUGCUCACCAGCAACCCACGGAGAACUACUACCCAAACAGCAACUACUUCCCCCCACCCCCGGGCCCAGAGACCUACGCCCCGCGGCCGCGUAGGGCCGAUGAGAAUGUGAGUGCUCCGUCGAGCUCCACCACCACCCUUCCCACUAAGCAAACCCAUGCCCACGAUGGUGCGUUCACCGCAACACCGUCCGGUGCCGUUCCCAAGGACCCACGGCUGACAGUUCCCACCCCAGGUCUAACCAUCGACCCGAAUGCACAACACCAGCAGUCCAUACCCCGCUUAGAAAACCAAUCAUCAUCACCGCUUAAAUCCGUAGCUUUUGACUUGAACUCGAGCCCUGAUUCCAAGCGGCCUCAAGACCCGGGGUAUGAGACUGACGACAGCGACUCAACCAUCGACGAGUAUACACCAGGCCACCGUCCCAAAUCCUACAUGAAACCCCACUCCCGGGCACGCUCGUCUUCUCUACCUUCUGACCGCCACGAUCACCAUUCUCAUACUCGUGACGGCGCGGACGCAAGUUCUAGUUCUAGUGCCUCCGCAUCUCGCAACGAACAUCACCAUUCCCAUCAUUCUCAAAGAUCCCACCCGCCGGAAUCAUCCGAUAGUUCAGAAUCUACGAUCGACCUCCCAGAUCGAUUCGAUUCAAAGGGUCGUUUACUCUCCACAAGGGAGAAUCCAUCCGUUGAAUCGCUGGGGAGUUAUAUCAGGAAUCUCAGAAGAGUUUUUGUCUAG